AGGAAAAAUACAAGGAGAACUUCGUUAGUAGUUAAAAGGAGAAGGAAAAAUACAAGGAGAAGUUAAUAGUACUUCCCGACGAAAGGCCUUGAAAUGUCGAAUUUCUCCUUGUAUUUUUCAGGCAGUUGCAUCCGUACCAACCGAAGUUUUUUGUUAAUUUUUGACUUUCAUUUAGCGAAGUAAUGUGCUAUUCUUACAAACUUUCUAUUGUUUUUAUAAAUGACUACGAACUUCGAACUAAAAAAAAUUCGAACUAGAAUAUGAAUGUUUUAAAAGCUAAUCAGCUUGAGAUUUUUUAAACGUGAUUGGCUGAUCAUAUUAUAAUUCAUUGUCAAAUGGUUUUGUUUGGAUUUCUUGACUACGCUGACACUUUACGCUUGAUGUUUUAGGUAUGGUUUCAAAAUAGACGUGCAAAGUGGCGCAAGCGAGAAAAAUCUCAAGGAUUGCGAGCUCAUGCUUCCAUGAGUAACUUGGGUUCUAAAGAAAUCAUAUCCCGCAAUACUACAUUGGAUAUGCCUACAGCAACCCCUGAGGACACCUUUCCUAAAUGGUUCAGAUUCUCACAUCAACCUAUACAUCCAGCAUUGACCAUUCCCUAUCCUGUUACCCCGAUUCUCCCUCAAUACCACCACACGCUAUAUUAUAACCAUCUGGACUACUUUACACCACCCUGUCCAUCCUCAUCACCACCUCAUAUAUCACCUUCUAUACCUAUACAACAAGACUGCCGCACUGAUAGUAUUGCUACACUGAGAAGACGAGCUCAGGAGCAAAAAUUAUAGAUUAUUCAUUUAUAUUGGUGGGUUUCAGUAAGCGCAAACGGUGGUCAAUUCAGAAAUGUUGACACACAAAAUUAAAUUGCAUGCAUUUCUCAAUUCUAUACUUUUUGCUUCAACACAAACUAGAGAUAAUUUCUGACUCUGUUAAUCGCAGGUUAGCCACCAUAGUGCUUACUAAAACUCACCCACUGGUGGACAAACUUUAAUGACUUUAAACGUUGUAUAUAGAAAUGAAAUAGAAAUUUAACUAAAUUAAGUAAAGGGGGAUAUUCUUCAUGCACUUGUAUUAUAAAUCAACUACUAAGUCUAAGGAAUGAAAUUCGUUUCAUAAAUAGGGCGUGAUAAAAUAAAUUAUGUUACUUUGUAAUUAUUCAGUUGUUUGUGAAGAGUCUUCUUUUCAUGUAGUCAUUG